AUGGGCGGCCGGCACAGUGCCGCAAAGGAUGAGGUGGUGCAGUUUUCAGACCCAUCGCCCAAGGCGACAGGCAUGGUCGCACCCAAUGCAGAAGUCCUCUUGCAAGACUACUCAUCUCUGGUCCUCCUUAGUCUGCGAUGUGAGAGUCUGCGAAAAGGCCGAAACACGGUUGCUGUGGUGUAUUCCAAGCUGGGCACGGACGACCUUUGGACAGAGUACGGUUCGACCGAGAUCUGCGGACAGGAUACACGGUGGCCUGUCUGGGAGAAGAUGUUCGAGCUGCAGUUCCGCAUAGAACACGUUCGCCUGAUCAGGGUGGAGAUUUACAUCAUCCGCAACCAGAACAUGCAAGAAGACUUGAUGGAGCAGAAGUUCGUUGGCUCUGCCGAGUUCAACCUUGCAGAGGCCGUGUAUGCACGAUCCAACCCAAAGCAUCACGGGUGGCUCAAGAAGAAGCUGGAGAAUGUGCGAAGGAAGCCGCGCGACCCCCCGCUUGGCAAGCUCUUUGUGUAUGCUGAGGAAUCCAUGAAUGCAAAGGUUGAACUUUCGUUCUCACUUACUGCGCACGACUUGAAGUCCACAGAUUUCUGGAAGCGGAAGUGCGAUCCGUAUUUUAUGAUGAACCGCAUCGAGGGUGUCUACGACACUGGCGAGCUGUACCUUGCUCCAGUCUUUCGAAGCGAAGUGGUUCGAAAGACCGGCGAGCCGACUUUCGAGGAAAGCAGCUACACUGUGGCUCAGACGGGCUGCUGCGACAUCUACCAAGAUGUUAUCCUCACAGUGCAUGAUUGGUUUCGUCUGAGUGAUGAUCGCUAUAUCGGCGAGUGUGUCACCACGUUCGAGGAGCUGCAGAAAAUCGUGGGCAGGGGAAAUCCCCACACUUUCCCGCUUUUCAGAAGAGAGGGUCCGAGGAUUUCUGGGAUGACCCGGAUGAAAACCACGAUGGCCAUGCUACGCUCUGCAACCAAGAGCAGCAGAACUGGGUCGGGUUCAAGGUCGGGGUCCAACUCGCGGGCGGCAUCCUCACUGUCUGCUGAGCGGGCAGACAGCAAGAGGAAGAGUACAAACGCCUCCGGGGAGAAGCGAACAGCAUCGCGCCUUACCGCGAGGACGGGGUCCCAAAUAUCCGGAGGGCACAGGACCUCGUCACAGAUCUCGGGGCACUCGAAGGUAAGCCAGUCAUCGGGCGGGACACAAACCGUAUCAAUGACAUCCUCAGAAGUUCGGAAUCAACAAGGCAAGGGCAACUUUGGCCCUCUCGUCGGGUCGAUUACCUUAGAUGGUCAUCGGUUUAAGAGGCACUACACUUUUUUGGACUACUUGCGUGGUGGCUUGGAGCUUCAGCUCAUGGUGGCGAUCGACUUCACGCGAUCCAACCUUGGCCAGACGAACCCCAGCUCGAUGCAUAGUGUGGUGAAGCUUGAUGAAGAGACUGCGUAUGCGACUGCUAUCCGAGCGCUGGGGGAGGUAAUGUCUGUGUACGAUAAUGACAAAUGUUACCCCAUCUAUGGUUUUGGGGCUAAAAUUCCGCCAUCACACUCAGUCGUAUCCAACUGUUUUGCUCUGACUGGCGAUUUUUUCCAGCCGGAGGUUGAAGGCGUGGAGGGCAUGCUCAAGGCGUACCAUCGCGCUCUUCGAAUUUGUCACCUCCACGGACCGUCAUAUCUUGCCGAUGUUGUCAAGCUGGCAGCGAACAUGGCGAGGCCGUACAUCCAGCCCAAGGUUUUGAAGAUGACCGAGACCCCACCAGACAUGAGGUACUUUGUGCUUUUGGUGCUGACGGAUGGUGACAUCGAGGACGUCAAGGCCAGCAUGGGUGACCAGACUGUCUCACGGGCUAUUUCCGCUGCCUUGGCAAGUGUAGCCAUGAGCUGCCAUGAACGCCUGUACGGACAGUGCAAGCACGGUCAACAAAUCAUUUUUCGGGCCGUGAGCUUCUUUUUCGUGGAAGGCCAUCGGCUAUCUACUGUUGACGAUUUCGUCGACGACCUUCUUGAUGAAAGAAGUACCAGUGGUCGUCACAUCUACUACUUCUUGCUGGCAAAGCGAAUUGUGGAGGUUCUACUGCUGAACCACCUUUGCGGAAACCUGAUGGAGCCCCUCCCAGACAUGUAUCAGAAGCGCUUCGCGGAUCUGGAGCACCUACAGCCAUACGGGGUCGUGCGCGGGUUCCAGAGGGCUGUGAACUGUCUCCUCAGGCGUCAUCAUCGUGAGAAAUGGCUGACAUCCUUUGUCCCAGACUACAUCCUGCUGCUACUGGCAGGUUUGCUGGGAAUUGUAUACAUCAUUGUUCUGUGCGCCCGGAAGCUGGACGUCCACAUCUACCAGGAAACGGAGCACUUCAUCAUUGCACGGAAUGAUCCGGGCAGUGCUGCCCUGCUGAUUUUAGAUUCCGUGGCAUAUGCUUACACCAUGGUGCUCGUCACCGGCUUCCUUCUCUGCACCUUAGAAGAGAAUGUGGUUUCGAAGCCAGAUCGUCAGCGCGAGUUCUUCGGCUCGCUAGCUCUCUUCAUCAUGCUUUGGGGCACCAAUUUUUUCACGACCCUCUAUGACCGGCAGAUUUACUCCGGCGCAUGGGGGAUAGGCCCAGCGCCAGCAGCCUUCCGGGUAGUAGCAGCAGCCGCGCAGGUGUUCGUAACCCAUUCGAUGGUUAUGAUGGGAGCAGUGCUUUUUGGUCACUCUGCGCAUUUGCGGCGAACGCCAGACCUCACAUGGAUGGAUUUUCUUAGCAAACUCUUGCCAAGCGCGCUGCUUAUCAUCGUUGCUGCCGUGUGGGUGGGUUUGAUGCGCAAGUUCCACCAACAUGCUGAGUGCUACCCGGAUGGCUUCUUGGUCUUUGCCCAGACUUGGCCAUACUUUAACGCGCUGCUAUCUAGCCUGGGCGGGCUGGCAUUGAUCCUGCUGACUUUCUGCGGUGCGCCGCGGCGAGAUGGUGGAGAGUUGGACUUCAUGAACGAGCUGGAUUACGAUUCCAUUCUGAUCUUGCUCACGGUGUCUCUUGCUGUGAUCGGUAACAUCAACACCGUAUAUGCGAUGGAAGCCUCCAGAGCUUUGGCCAGCUUCCUUGGUGCUUUGGCACAGCUGCUGGCCCCCGUCGGCCUCUCCACAUUUGCCUUCGCCGCCUGGAAAGACCCUCCGCGCCGAAACGAGCACAGGAGCAAAGGCUUGUGGCUGGGUCUGGUGCUUGCGGGCAUCAUGUUCAUCAACUACCAGAAUCUUGAGGAUUGCGAGAUCGCUUCUGACAUGCCUGGAUGUUGUUCCUACCCAGGAUUUCCUGAAUACAACCACCACGAGCACCGGAACCUGAAGUGCAGCAAAGAUCUGCGCUGCAUGGUAACGCAGUUUGAUGCACCGUGUGAUCUCGGGGAUGCGGAGGAUAUUGAGUCGCUGAAUAUUUCGAAUUUGAAGGAGGAGUUCUCUCAAGACUUGUGUGAUGAACUAGACGAUCGAUGGUACAAUUACACCCUCCCGGACGCCACGGGCUACUCCUUCGCGAUGCAGGAUGCCCAGGAGGAGGAAGCCGAUGAGUCCACAGCGUACAAGCUCUUCAAGACGAUCGGCCAGGCUGCUGGAGUGGAGAUGUACUUCACCAUCUUUGGCGUGCUGCUGAAGGUGGUUUUCUUGACACAGCACCCGAACUCAGAGCAGAUCCUCCUCCUCGAUGUGCAUCAUCACCAGGUGGACCCCCACACCGGCCGGAAUGAGCUGCUCUCCUUCGUCUCACAUUGA